UCAUGUUUUUUUCUACAAAUUUCCAAUCUCUAACACAACAUUCACACACUAAAUUUAGAAAUAUAUAUCCAAUUAAUGAAUCUUUUUUUCUUUCCUUUUUCCAUUUCUUCUUUCCUUUGAAAUUUACAAUGCUGUAAAACAACAAGAAGAAGAUUACAGAACCCCACCUCCCAAUAUCUUUGCAUGUUCCCUCCUUGUAUAUCUCUAUCUUUCUCUGUAGAUGCACAUAAAUGUGUGUAAAUGUUCACGCUUUAAUGUUCUUUAAAUCAAAAACUUAAACUUUGCCUUUAUUAUUUAAAAAAAUUCAAUCUUGUUCAUUCAUCUCCCUCUCGUGUAUGAUAAAGAUUGUUGAUUUAUCUUUUUGACAUCUGGGGUUUUGUUGAAGAGCUUCACCUGUCUUUCUUGGUAAAGAUGUUUGCUCUGGGUGGUUUUUCAGGUUCAUUUUCUGAUAUCUAGAUCUCAACUUUUUUCAUUUUCUAGAAGGGGCUUUCUGCUUUCUUUGAUUGUGUCUUGGUCUAUUUUGUGUUGGUGAAUGAUUCACAUUGAGGGUAUAUAAUUUGAUAUCUGGUUCAUUUGCUGGUUGCUCUGCAUUUUUCGAUAUCUUGUGUUGUAAUUUGAAGUCUAGAUCUAGGGGGUUUUGUUGCAGAUCUUGAGUUAUUGAACAAACUUUGAUGAUUUGAGGUAUAGCUAGGGUUUUUGGGCUACCCCUGUUAAGGGUUUUGUAGGGAUUGUAUAUGUAUGUUGAAUUAGUGGUGAGUACUUUAAUUUGAGGGAUUUUAGCUGUAUCUUUUUGUAUAUUCAAAAUGUGGAAGCAACUUUUUAAAAGACUUCCUAGGAAGUCACUGAAAUCUGAAUCCACUGGCUCUCCGAGUAAUGGGACUGCUCCAUUAGGCCAAAGAAGUGGAAAUGCGGGCACGGGCCGAGCAAACGCCACUAAAAGGACAUCAUCAGCGGUUUUUCCAGCUGGUGUCAUGUCUGGAAUUGAGCCCCUUUUGCCUUUCAAAGAUGUUCCCAAUUCAGAAAAGAUGAAUCUCUUUAUCAGUAAGUUAAGUCUGUGCUGUGUGGUGUUUGAUUUCACUGAUCCAACUAAGAGUGUUAAUGAGAAAGAUCUUAAACGUGUUACGUUGAUUGAGCUUCAAGAAUUUUUGUCUACCGGGGCACCAAAAUAUACUGAACCAGCAAUCCUUGCAAUGUGCAAAAUGUGUGCUGUUAACUUGUUUCGAGUCUUUCCACCACAUUAUCGAUCUAACACGCGUAGUGGUGAAAAUGAUGAUGAUGAACCUACAUUUGAUCCUUCUUGGUCACAUCUACAACUUGUGUAUGAUAUAUUGCUCAAAUUUGUAAGUUGUCCCUCUGUGGAGCCUAAGGUCGCAAAAAAGUAUAUAAAUCAUUCAUUUAUUUUAGGAUUGCUCGAUCUCCUUGAGUCUGAGGAUCCACGAGAAAGAGAAUGUUUGAAAGGUAUCAUGCACAAAAUUUACGGCAAGUUUAUGGUGCACCGACCUUUUAUUCGUAAGAACAUUAGCAAUGUCUUCUCUCGCUUUGUAAAUGAAACUGAUCGGUGCAAUGGAAUUGCUGAGUUAUUAGAGAUAUAUGGCAGUGUGAUUACUGGAUUUGCAUUACCUUUGAAGGAGGAGCACAAGAUCUUUCUGCGGAUGGGAAUAAUUCCUCUGCACAAGCCAAGGGCUUUAGGGGCUUACUUUCAACAGUUGUCAUAUUGUGUAAUGCAAUUCAUAGAAAAGGAGCCAAAGUUGGCCAGCACGGUGAUCACAGGGUUGUUGAAAUACUGGCCAAUCACCAAUAGCCAGAAGGAAGUUCUGUUUUUGAGUGAGAUAGAAGAGAUUCUUGAAAUAAUUAAAAUGGAUGAGUUUCAGAAGGUUAUGGCUUUAUUAUUUCGGCGAAUUGGAUGCUGCAUCAGCAGUUCACAUUUUCAGGUGGCUGAGAGAACACUGUUCCUCUGGAAUAACGAACAUAUUGUGAACCUAAUUGCACAUAACAGACGUGUGAUCUUGCCACUCAUAUUUCCAGCCCUAGAAAACAAUGUGCAUAGCCACUGGAACCAUUCUGUUCUCAACUUAACUCUCAACGUGAGAACAAUUUUCUCGGAGAUGGAUGAUGAGCUGUUUUUAGACUGUCAUUCUCAGUUCAUGGAGGAACAAUUUAAACUAACACGAGAGACAGAAAAGCGGAAAGAAGCAUGGAAGCACCUUGAGAAUGCAGCUAGUCGGCAACCAAUAGCUGGAAACACAGCCGUCUUAGUGAACCCGUAGCAAUCUGAGUGAUCUUUUAAAGGAAUAGCCCGAUUUUCAUGUGGUUAACCACAAUGAUGGAAAAACACGCAUCUGUUUACGGGUUGAGGUUUGUACUUUUUGCUGGAUCAAAUCUAUUGUUGUACCUUAUAAUCCAAUUCCUACCCUUUGGUACGAUUCUUGUCAACUGAAGUGCUAUAUGGUUUUUCCAGUAAAGAGCAGUAAGGAAAAGCAUGUUGUAGAAAAUGACAUCCUUUUGUAGCUUGGCUGAUUACUUUCAAUCAUUUUUUGUGAUUUAAAUUCACAUUUGAAAGUUUCAUCUUCUAUAGCCAAAUGUAAUUCUUAGAAUAUAUGGGAAGGCGAAACUGUCCGCCUUCUCCAGAUGCUUACUGCCAUUUCAAAGAAUUGCAGGUACUUUCGUUGUAUAUUCAUAUUUCUUUUCCUGUUUA